AUGCAGUUGACCGAUAGACUACACUCAUUCCUCCACGUAUUCGUCGUCCUUGCGCUGUGCACCACCAUAAGCGCCUUUACAGUACCAUGGGCCGCCAACAAUCCUCAUGCCGCUCCCACAGAGCGUGAUGCACCCUCUGAUCAAAAGCUUAGAUCCGUCUUCCCCCAGCUUACAUGGAUCCGAGACACUGCCAUUGAAAAGAUCUUUCGCAUUCCGAAGAAGGAUUCGAAGCCGGAUUGCCAUAAGUCCGGUCCGGCAUUUCACUCAUCAAAUAAUCAAUUGCCGGCCAGGCUGCUUGCAAAGUACGGAGAUGAUGUUGUCUUGCGAUUCAACUUGACCACGUCGGAGGAGGAAAAGGCGUUGGCCGAAGCAGCAGACAUCCUCUUCUUGGAUGUGUGGGAAUUUACGAACAAUUGGGCAGAUAUUCGUCUUAGAAAGGAUGAUAUAUCUUCUCUUCUUGGGCUACUACCCUCAUCUCUGAAAAACGCACAUUCGCCUUUGAUGCCAGACCUUGCCGAUUCCAUCUACCGCAAUUAUCCGUCCAAUUCAAGAAAUAAGCAAGCGUUUCCACCAAGUCACGAUCGAUCCUUCACCCCCUCGUUGAAGACGACUGAUGGAGUGGACAACAUCUUCUUCAGCGAGUUUCAACCCCUUUCGGUUAUUGUGCCAUGGAUGCGAUUGAUGGCCUCGAUGUUCACAACUCAUGUACGAAUGAUAAACAUAGGAACUAGCUAUGAGGGGCGAGACAUACCUGCGCUCCGCGUUGGCGUAUCGCCGAAUCUUCCUCAGGAUACGCCAAAAGAAAGAAAGACCAUCAUAGUUUCUGGUGGUUCUCAUGCUCGGGAAUGGAUUUCAGUGAGCACGGUGACAUAUGUAGCUUGGUCUCUCAUCACGUCGUACGGAAAGAACCCAGGAAUUACGAAACUGCUUCAAGAGUUUGAUUUUGUCUUUAUUCCAACGACAAAUCCAGAUGGAUAUAUCUACACCUGGGAGAAUGAUCGAUUGUGGCGCAAAAACAGGCAGGAGACGAGUUUGAGAUUCUGCCGAGGUGUCGAUAUUGAUCGAUCAUUUGGAUUCGAGUGGUCAGGUACAAAGACAGAAAGCAAUCCAUGCUCCGAAAACUAUCCUGGCGAGGAACCUUUCCAAGCAGUAGAGUCGCAUCGAUUGGCCGAGUGGGCAAAGAACGAGACGGAGAACAACGAUGUGAAAUUUGUUGGAUUCUUGGACCUACACUCCUAUUCGCAACAAGUCCUAUAUCCUUAUUCAUAUUCUUGCAAUGCAGACCCACCAAGUCUGGAGAAUCUCGAAGAGUUAGGUAUGGGAAUCGCUAAAGCCAUUCGCAUCGCUAGCGGGGAACAGUAUACCGUGGCAUCAGCCUGUGAAGGCGCUGUAUCAUCUGCAUCCGGCGGUGUGUCACGCAUGGAAACCGGAGGAGGUUCCGCGAUCGAUUGGUUCUAUCAUGAGUUGAAGGUUCGAUACAGUUAUCAAAUCAAGCUUCGCGAUACCGGUAGUUAUGGUUUUCUCCUGCCAAAGGAGAAUAUCGUUCCAACGGGUGAAGAGGCAUUUAAUGCCAUCAAGUAUUUCGGUGAUUUCUUGCUGGGGAACAGGGGUAUUGAGAAUAGACUUUUGCCUGAUGUGGUGGAAGAGCAUGUGCAGAGUCCGUCAUCCGAAGUUCUAGACGAGGACGUAAAUGAGGAGGAAGUCAUCGCAGAUGACUCGGAAGAUAUCAAGUGGGAUUUGAGGCGGAGGAGGUGA